AUGGCCACGGCGGGGCCGCGGUCCUUCAGCGCCGCCGAGGUGCGGGCGCGCUGCGCGCAGGGCGCCUGCCUGGUCUCCUGCCGCCGCCGCCUGUACGACCUGAGCGGCUUCGUGCGGCUGCACCCGGGCGGGGAGCAGCUGCUGCGCCGCCGGGCCGGCACCGACGUGAGCGCCGCGCUGGACGGGCCGCCCCACCGGCACUCGGAGAACGCCCGCCGCUGGCUGGAGCAGUACUACGUGGGGGACAUAGAGCCCGGCGACGAGCAGGGCCUCUCUGAGACAGUGGAUGAGAAGGAGGUGUCUGCAGCCCAGACUCCAGAGCAGACAGAUCUCUGCUACAGAACAGUGCAUGUGGAGAGGGACCUGGUGGACUGGCAGAAGCCCUUGCUGUGGCAGGUGGGCUACCUAGGGGAGAAGUACGAUGAGUGGGUGCACCAGCCCGUGGAUCGGCCCAUCCGCCUCUUCCACUCGGAUUUCCUGGAGUUCCUCUCCAAGACAGCAUGGUACGUGGUGUUCAUGGUGUGGACGCCCGUGGUGCUCUAUCUCAGCUGGGUCAGCUACACCUCCCUUGCUCAGGGCAACACCAGGCUCUUCUCCUCCUUCACCACAGAGUACUCCAUCCCCGUCCACAAAUACUACUUCCCCUUCAUCUUCCUCCUGGGAAUGAUCCUGUGGUCCCUGCUAGAGUACCUCAUCCAUCGUUUUGUCUUCCACAUGAAGCCACCCGCUAGCAAUUACUAUCUGAUCACGCUGCAUUUCCUGCUGCAUGGGCAGCAUCACAAGUCUCCCUUCGACAGCUCCCGCCUGGUCUUCCCUCCUGUGCCGGCCUCGCUGGUGAUCGGCUUCUUCUAUGGCGUGCUGCGGCUGCUGCUGCCCGAGGUGCUGGGGCUCUCCGUCUUCGUCGGGGGCCUCUGCGGCUACGUCAUCUACGACAUGAUGCACUAUUACCUCCACUAUGGCUCGCCCAAAAAGGGCACCUACCUGUACGGCCUCAAGGCUUACCACGUCAAGCACCACUUUGAACACCAAAAAUCAGGUUUUGGCAUCAGCACACGCUUCUGGGAUUAUCCUUUCCGGACACUCAUCCCUGAGGAGACCUUCAAGAAAGAGGAGUGACAGCCCCAGCCCAGUGCUCAGCUGCUGGCUCUGUUCCCCUGCACUGGGGCUGGUGUCCCCCCCGCCCCCUUCCUGGGGGCUGUGCCACAGCAGUGACUCCAAAGUGGAGCAUCCCUGUGGACUGCUGUGGUCCAGCUG